AUGUUCGUCGUUGUCGAUUUUGCAGCUGGAGGAAAGUGUACAAGUACGAGUUCUAUCUGCAUUAUGGCUGGGGAGGCAGUAACAACAAAUGGCAAGCAAUCAAUCCUUAUGCUGCGCACAUCGCAUAUAUCAAAAAAGGUGUGACAGUUGAAAACAAAGAACAAAAAUAAAAACAAUUUUGUUUGUGUCGGGGUUGUUUUCUUACAAAUGAAAUGUAAUGCAGCUUUUCAGAUAGAAUUGUAUUUAAUUUUUUUUUCCAAAUUACCUUGUUUUAGUGUUUAAUUUAAUAGUUUAGAUUAAACAUCUAACCCAAAUAUUUGAAUGAAGGGCUAAUUUUUUAUAUAAAAACCUAGCUCGAGAUGACAUAUUCGUUUAUUAUUGCUUUUUUUGAAUUUCUGAUGUUAGUUUUCAUAUAAUGAUUUACGUUGUCAGGAGCCCAUUAAUGGGCUCCUAACGUUGUACAGAAAUUGUAAAAAUUCAGUCAGGAAAAUAUGAAACUUUGUAACUUUGUAAUUUCUUUUUCCUUGUAGAGUAGCUUAUAUGUUUUAAACUUCGGGUACUCAAGGCAUUAUGAGGUUUUUGAACCUUUUAAAGAACAGGUAACGAGUUCGUGA